AUGGCUUGCUUGCUAGGGUGUAGUGCUGGAGGGGCGGUUCUUGUCGUGUUGCCGGCAUUGUUGAUUGUGUCUUCAGCUCUCAAAUACGAUCCUACGUGGGCUUCGCUGGACACAAGACCGUUGCCUGCAUGGUACGACGAGGCCAAGUUUGGAAUCUUCAUUCACUGGGGAGUAUUUUCCGUGCCCAGUUUUCGCUCAGAGUGGUUCUGGUGGGACUGGCAAGGAGCCAAGUACAAUGACACAGUUGACUUCAUGCAGGAGAACUACCCCCCAGAUUUUACCUAUGCAGAUUUUGCGAACCAGUUCAGCGCAGAAUUCUAUAAUGCAACUCAAUGGGCACAGCUGUUUCAAGAUGCUGGAGCCAGGUACAUAGUCUUUGUCAGCAAGCAUCAUGAAGGCUUCACAAACUGGCCCUCCAAGUACUCCUGGAAUUGGAACUCCCAGGAUGUGGGACCAAGGAGAGAUCUCGUUGGUGAACUGGCCACUGCUAUCAAGAAUACCACUAAUCUUCACUUUGGUCUCUAUCACUCGCUGUAUGAAUGGUUUCAUCCACUGUAUUUAGCAGACAAGGAAAGUAACUUCAGUACACAGAACUUUGUUAAUAGUAAAACUUUGCGGGAACUCUAUGAGCUGGUCAACACUUACAAGCCAGACGUGGUGUGGUCGGACGGAGACUGGGAAGCACCAGACACUUACUGGAAAUCUCAGGAUUUCAUUGCCUGGUUGUACAAUGAGAGCCCUGUCAAAGACACUGUUGUGACCAAUGACAGGUGGGGUCAAGGGGUCAUGUGUGAGCAUGGUGGCUUCUUUACCUGUUCCGACAGAUAUAAUCCAGGUCACAUCGUUAAUCACAAAUGGGAAAAUGCCAUGACCAUAGACAGUCAGUCAUGGGGUUUCCGUAGAAACACAGUUCUCAGUGAUAUUUUGCCUAUAGAACAAUUGCUAGAACAACUGGUAUCCACGAUCAGCUGCAAUGGAAAUGUGCUGCUGAAUGUUGGUCCGACUAAGGAUGGCAUCAUCACUCCCAUCUAUCAGGAGCGUCUUUUGCAAAUGGGUUCAUGGCUGAAAGUCAAUGGGGAAGCCAUCUAUGGCACUAAACCAUGGAUUUAUCAGAAUGACACCGUCACUAUCAAUGUCUGGUAUACUCUUAACAACAAAACAAACCCUCCAGUUGUGUAUGCAACUUUAUUUGCCUGGCCAAAUGCAAAUAUUUUAAAACUGGGAGCACCUGUGACAACUCCAAAUACAGCAGUUUCUCUUGUUGGAUACAAGGGAUCCCCUUUUUCCUGGACAGCUAGCCCAGGUCAAGGACUGAGUAUCAUCAUGCCAAACAUCAAUCCAAAUGAUUUGCCAAGUCAGUGGGCAUGGGUGCUUAAACUUACCAAUCUUACCUUCUAA